AGGAGGAUUAAGAUCAGUACAUGAGUCACGGCGAGAUGGAUGGUUCAUUUCAUACACCAGAAUGGCAUGCUGCUCGUUUGGCCAGUCUCAAGACAACACACACUCUUACUUGGGAAGAAUAUAGACAGAAGCAAAAGGAAGAAGAACUGAAAAAGGGUGAACUUGAAGCAGAUACCGAUAAGUUGAUGCGUGAGUAUAGAGCUCAGCUGGAUGCUGAAAGAGCAAUGAAGCUCUCUAAGGGAAAGAACUAUUCUAGCGAUAAAUCCAGGAAAGAUAAGAAGGAGAGAGAGCUCACAGAUAGAAAGGGAAGAGAUUCGAAGAGGAAGAGAAGCAAAAAGAGAAAGCAUUCGAGAAGGCGAUCAUCUGACUCAAGCUCAUCAUCCGAAUCAUCAAGUAGUGACGAAGAGGAAUCUAGGAAAUCAAGGUCAAGUUCUAAAAGACCAAAAAGGGAGAGGAAACACAAGUCUAGAGGCAGACACUCAAGGACAUGAUUGUUCUUAGCUUAUGUUUUUUAGACUACAAUUUGUUACGGUGGAUUCAAAAUUGCAGUAAUGGGUAUGUUGUAUGAAAGAAGAAAGUUGACAAUAUUGGCAAACAUUUUGUAGAGGAAAUAAAGGUGGGUUAUCAUA